UAAAUGGUGCCUCUUUUAAUUCUUAUCUGGUCUGUUUGUGUGGCGUGUGCCAUACCCGUACCGGAUCCUAAAUUUAUAUUAUUAGCUGAUGGAGGAGGACAAUUUUCUUCUGAUGACAUACCAGAUGCCAUUUCUGUACGCUUUAGAUAUGCAGUUGAUGGCGAAUUUCCAAAGCAUGGAGAAGCCAUUAAAAUAGAUAAUGUUUGGUAUUUUACGGAUCCAAAAAUACCGGCUUCUGGAAGCAUUGAAUAUUUCACCAUGGCUACUCUGAGCAAUGGGGAUAUCGCCUUAAGUCAGACGAUUACAUGGAAAUCAGCACCAAUGGCUACCCUACCGCCUAGACGAAUGCGUGGGGCUGUUAUGUUUAGAGAUGAUUUUAAUGGAAACCACUUAAAUACUAAUAAUUGGUUGAUACAAGUCACUGCAACAGGUGAAUGGCACAGAGAAUUUCAAGUUUAUACACAUGAUCCACAGAACGUAUUUCUCAGGAAUGGUCAUCUAUACUUGAAACCGACACUAACAGUCGAUAAUCCCCAUUUUACUGAAAAUGAUCUGUAUCAUGGAAUACUCGAUGUGAAAAAAACAUGGGGUGUGUGUACAGAUAAUGGAUUCCAUGGGUGUUAUAGAAAUGCAAAAGAUGGACUUUUACCACCAUUAUUAUCUGGUAGAGUUGACAGCAAACCAACCCUUAGAUACGGCACCGUAACCGUUCGAGCUCAAAUACCCAGAGGAGACUGGUUGUGGCCUGCUAUAUGGCUGAUGCCAAAAGCACAAAAAUAUGGAUAUUGGCCAAGAUCUGGUGAAAUUGACAUGAUGGAGGCUUCAUGUAACGAAGUGAUGCACUGGACCAAUGGUGGACAGAAAAUUGGAGUUCAGCGUGUCACAUCAUCUAUUCAUUUAGGUCCCGACGCAAGUGGAGAUCGCCAUAUCACCGGUGCAAAAUAUAAAACAUCUGGUGAUUGGCAUGGUUUCCAUACAUAUAAAUUAGACUGGUCGCCUGAUCACGUUAUCCUGUAUGUUGAUGAUCAAAUGGUUACAAGAGUUGAUGUUCAUUCUAAUACUAACAUGUGGCAGCAUCUUGGUUUCCAUGGAAACAAUAUCUGGUCAGGUGGUUCACAUCUCGCACCUUUUGAUCAGGAGUUCUAUUUGAUAUUAAACGUAGCCACCGGUGGAGCUCCUGGAAUAUUUGGAGAAAACGGAGUUACAUAUGCAUAUCCUAAACCAUGGCAGAAUAAUGCUAAAGAUCCAAUGGCACAAUUUUGGUCAAACAGAAACAAUUGGUUACCAACUUGGCACGGAGAUGAUGUGGCUAUGAUCAUUGAUUAUGUUGAGUUUAGACAUGUGUGAUAAUAUGCUUUUUUAAGAUGU